UAGAAGACGAGGCAUGAUGACCGCGUCGGCCGGGAACCAGCUGGAGCCGAGGGCUGGGGACUCGGGAAGCCGGAUCUAUGCGGAGUACAAUGAAGGGGUUCAGCCCUGGAAGAAAUUUGUCUAUGUUGAACCACCUAGGAGAGUUAAGGAAGUACUUGAAGAAGAACUUUAUUUCCGGCGGGAUGAGGUUAGAGUCAAACACCCUUCAGAAGUGGCUCUGGAAGGAAUUUGGAGCUUGAAAAGGAAUUUCCCUGUGGGAGGUUUCAAGCCGACAUCGCAGAAUCAAAACAGCUUGCUUUCCCAGCCUAAGUACUACUCCAGGCAUGCAGUAAUAAGAAGAUAGCCCCUGUGAAAAGCUGCGUCUCCUCUGAUGGAAGUGACAGGAGCAAGGCAAAGCUACAGUUGUUAUUUUUAUCCCAGUGCAGAGUACUACAUUUUAGAACUUGUACAAUAGCUUGUAAAAUAAACAUUGAAGCUUUGACUCCAUCAGUUUAUUUGUGUUGAUCUCCUAGCAUCUAACUUUAUUUGCAAAGUAUUCCAAACUCAAAAUGAUCAACAUCUCCAAAUCACCCAUACAAGCUUCUCCCUAGGGUGCCUUCUCCUAUCGGAGGUCAGCUAUUAUUGCA